AUGUUCAAACUUAGCGAUGACUGUUUAGAGCUCAUAUUUAUAGCUUGUGAGGGUUGCCCUUUGACCUUAUGCACUCUAACCCAAGUAUGCCGUCAAUGGUAUGCUAUUGCUCAAAGGCAUUCUAUCUGGCGUCGAGUGACAUUCAGUAAUCCAAACAAGCAUGCUGCAUAUACUCGUUUCUUGACAUCUAAAUUUAACAAAGAACGAUUAAAUCAAGUGAAGACCGUUUCGAUUUCGAAGCCAAACGAAAGCCGACAUGCUCACCUACGACCUCUACCGAUUACAUCGAUGCCUCAACUGAGACAUUUGCAUACAUUCAACCUUUGUUUAGCAGAAAUUGAUUGUCUAUCCCGUCAAAUUCUGGAAGUUGGAUCGAAACUUCAGAGCAUAUCGUGCAGUCAUAUUGAGACGUGGUGCGAUACAAGAAGAUUUAGUUUCGAUCUUAUACAGCGGCAUGCUCACCUCAACCAUGUUUUAUUUCAGUUCUUGGAUGACGGUCAUUCAGGCUUUGCGUCUAUUCACAAUAUGCUCACGUCGUACAAUGCCACAAUAAAAUCUUCGCUGCAUUCGAUGGUCAUAACGAGCAUACGGGAUAAUGAAAUGAGUAAUCAAAAGCAAGUGAUUCGUUUUUUAGAAGAAGUGGAAAAGGAUAGAGAUGAUGUAUUCACACAAGCAGAUAUAGAGCGAAUAGAACAAAAGCAGCAAGGCUUGAUCAACAGUUGGUAUGACCUAGAAAGAGGAUUACUGGAUAAAUACAGCUUUUUCGCAAGUUUGGAAAAUAUGUCACACUUGGAGUUUGGCUUCUGUUACGCCUGGACAUCGAAAAUAUGGAAAGAUGUGUUUUGUAAAGUCUUACAUCAAUGUCCUCAACUGUCUUCCUUGAGUCUUCAUGGCUGGGACCAGUUGGGCAAAUUGGAAAAAGUGGGCUGUCAUUGUUCAGCGAUACAACCUAUUCGAAUAGAAGCUGAAUUAGCUAUCACUGAAUGUUUUGAAGCGAUUCCUCAGCUAAAAUCUCUACAACUGGUAGAUUUCAGUAUUGGUUUUGGCUUGUUGAAGGCAGCGCAUCAUUUAUCAAAAUCAAUAGAGCAUUUAGAAAUUGCCUUUUCAGGGUCAUUUACAAGGUACUUUACUGAGCCCGCAGACCUAUGGCACUUACUGGGCCCUGUGAAAGAUUUUACCACCAUUGUGUUCACCGGUACAUCUUUGUUAUCGUCAGCUUGCUCUGCUGAGCAACAGCAGACGAAAGAGGUCGUUUUACGCUUACAUUCAAGUUUGCAAAAUGAAAUGAAAAGGAAUCAGUUCUUCUUUGAUGAACCGUUAAAAGAGACAAUUGAAGAAGCAUUAACAGGAAGAAAUGUCCAAAUUAAGCUAGUUGACUUUUCCAACACUAAUUAA